AUGGGUAUCUCUAGAACAACCAUAUUUAAGUUGGCACCAAAGUACAAAAAGUUUUAUAACUCCAAAGAUGAAAGACAUUUUCUCUCUUCAUUUGAAAGACUAUUAAUUGGAGUAUACCACAUACGUCAAUUCACAACUGAUAUACUAGGAGAAUUUAUCUUCUCGAUAUCAGAAACAACUUACAGAAAUGUUAGGUCAAAUGUAUUGGACUUCCUUUCAUCAAGUUUUAAUUAUAUUAGAAUGGAAAAAGACCUCAUAGAUAGUGAAUCUGUAUUAAUCAAUAAUACUAUAUUCGUUGGAGCAAUAGAUGGAGUAGAGUUUAGGACCAAUUGUCCUACUGACAUGAUUUGGGACACCAAGUUUUAUUCAACUAAAAAGAAACAACACUCUAUUACCUACCUCUUCAUUGUAUCAAUGCAUUCCAAAUUUGUAGAUGCUGUUUUAUUUUUAAGAAAUUUGGAAGAAAAGGUAUUAAGAUUAGUCUAA